AUGCAACCACCGCAAGUUCCUGAACGGCUGGGGAGGAGAAAGUCCUCUAGAAUUGUCCCUGCUGACGCCAACUCCUUCAUUAAUCUCAGAUCUCCUUCGGUUGACUCCGUUAAUCUCGCCGAGAAGGCAGGGUUUUCCUCUGCGGUCACCGAAGUUUCUACACCCCAGUCCGAUAACUACAUCCCCCCUUGGACUGAACCAUACAUUAUCGGCAUUGCGGGAAUUUCUGGGUCGGGUAAGACCACUGUUGCUCAGAAGAUCAUCCAGGAAAUUAAUCAGCCUUGGACAGUGUUGCUUUCCUUGGAUAACUUUUACAAUCCGUUAUCGCCAGCCGAACGUCAACAAGCGUUUGCCUGUGAGUUUGACUUUGAUGUUCCCGAAUCCCUUGACUUGGAAAUGUUGUUUGAAACUGUAAAAUCUAUCAAGGAAGGCAGAAAAACUACCAUUCCUGUCUACUCUUUCGAAAAGCACAACAGAACCGACAAAAGCAUCACCAUCUACGGCGCCAACGUCAUUAUUAUUGAGGGUAUCUACGCGCUUUUUGACCCAAAGUUAUUGGCAUUGAUGGAUACCAAGAUUUACGUCGAUACCGAUCUAGACGUGUGUUUGGCCAGAAGACUCACCAGAGAUAUUUUGCACCGGAAGAGAGAUUUGGCCGGCGCGUUGAAGCAAUGGAACGCUUUUGUGAAACCGGCUGCCGUCAAGUCGGUGAGACCUUGCAUGAACAAUGCCGACGUUAUUUUGCCUAGAGGUUCAGAUAGCAGCAUUGCGAUCAACAUGAUUAUCCAACAUAUCCAGAAGAGGUUGGAUUUGAAGUCCAAGGCUCAUUUGCAGUACUUGAAGAGGUUGGGCUGCAACACCAAACCGUUGUCUCUUUACAAAAAUUUGAGCGUUUUGAAGAAGACCAACCAAAACGGUGGUAUCCACUCCAUUUUGUGUGACUCAGACACUAGUCGAAGUGACUUUAUUUUUUACUUCAACCGCAUAUCCCUUGUCUUGAUAAAUAAGGCGUUGGAUUUCUUAGAUUACACUCUGUUUACCUUCCAGACCCCUGGCGGACACACGGUUAGCACUGUCAAGCCUGCCGAUGAAGUGAUUGCUGUGAGCAUUAUUCGAUCCGGAGAUUGUUUUAUGGCCUCUAUCAAGAAGACCUUCCCCGAAAUUUCGAUUGGUAAAUUGUUGAUCCAGAGUGAUACCUUGACGGGUGAGCCACAAUUACACAUGGAGUCCUUACCAAAGACUAUGGGUUGUGGCAGCCAAAAGAUCUUUUUGUUUGACGCGCAGUUGAUCAGUGGUGCUGCUUCCAUCAUGGCUACCCAAGUCUUGCUUGACCACGAUGUUAAGAUAGAAAAUAUUGUCUUGGUCUGUUACUUGAGUACGGAAAUUGGUGUCAGGAGAGUGUUGAGUGCUUUUCCAGGUAUCAAUAUUGUUGCAGGCCGUAUGAGCUCUAUGGGUGCAGAAACCUCUAGUGAUGACGAAGCGGUGGAGGAGGAUAAGACGGGCGAAUUGGACACUGAUUGGUGGUUCCGUAACCGUUUCAUCGACUCAAGAUAUUUUGGUACUGACUAG